AUGCCCAACGACGACGCCUUCAACAAACCCUCGGCCCCGGCAGAGGCCCCGCACGCUCCCGGGCCUGCGCCGCAAGGCAAAGGCGGUUUCGGGAAGGCUUCCGGGCCGCUACUGGGGGCGGCGGGCGCGGGGGGCUGCGGCGGCGCGGGCUCUGGCGCGGCGGGCAAGAAGUCCCCGCGGCUGCCCAAGUGCGCACGCUGCAGAAACCACGGCUACGCGUCGCCGCUCAAGGGCCACAAGCGUUUCUGCAUGUGGCGGGACUGCCAGUGCAAGAAGUGCAACCUGAUCGCUGAAAGGCAGCGCGUGAUGGCCGCGCAGGUGGCCUUGAGGAGGCAGCAGGCCCAGGAGGAGGAGCUGGGGAUCAGCCACCCCAUCCCGCUGCCUAGCGCUGCCGAGCUGCUGGUCAAGAGGGAGAACGGCGGCGGCAACCCGUGCUUGAUGACCGAGAGCAGUGGCUCCUCACAGCCGCCGGUGCCACCCAGCACCCCCACCACUGCAGCCUCAGAGGGACGGAUGGCCAUCCAGGAUAUCCCUGCUGCCACCAGCAGAGGGCACAUGGAGAACGCACCCGACCUGGUUCCUGACUCCACCUACUACAGCAGCUUCUACCAGCCGUCUCUGUUCCCUUACUACAACAACCUGUACAACUACCCACAGUACUCCAUGGCCCUGGCCACUGACUCCUCACACGGGGACAUGGGGAAUCCCCUUGGGGGGUCCCCUGUGAAGAAUAGCCUGCGGAACCUGCCGGCAACUUAUGUGCCUGGUCAGACAGGAAACCAGUGGCAGAUGAAGGGUGCAGAGAGCCGCCACACUACCAUGGGUUCCCAGUACCGGAUGCAUUCCUACUACCCACCGCCCUCCUACCUGGGCCAGAGCGUCUCCCCGAUCUUCUCCUUUGAAGAAGGCCCUGCCUACCCGGAAACGAAAGCCAGUGUCUUCUCGCCGCCCAGCAGCCAGGAUUCCGGCUUGGUGUCCCUCUCCAGCAGCUCUCCCAUCAGCAACGAGAGCACAAAGGGGGUGCUGGAGUGCGAGUCGGCGUCGGAGCCCAGCAACUUCGCGGUCACCCCGGUGAUGGAGGAGGACGAGUGA